CACCACUUCACCCAUCUCUCUCACUUCAACUCCUCCUCCUCUCCGACACAAUGCCGGCCCCAAGUUUUGGCCGACACUCAAUCGAGCGGAGCCCGAGCUUUCGAGACGUCGAAAAGAGGCGAAAUGCUGCACAAGGGAAGUGCUCUCUUUCAAGGCAUUUACAGAGAGUUUAUCCCCUUAGUAUACACAAGAGCUCUUCAAGUCUCACCCUCUCUUCUUUGUCACUCUCUCAGAAUUCAAAUGAUUCUUCCCUCAAUAGCUCUGUUUCUAGCUUGGAUCGGAGGAUAAAUGCGGUGUCAUUUCGGGGCAUGUUUCGGUGUUUUGAGAGGAGGGAGUUUGGAAAUUAUGGGAGAGAGUUCGAGUCGGGAGAUGACGGAGGAUAUUUAGAUUAUGAUGAUGAUGUUGUUGUUGUUGAGGAGGUCAGGUGUGUAGGAGAGGAUGGGAGUUUGAAGAGGUGCAAUUGGAUUACCAAAACUAGUGAUGAAGUUUAUGUUUCUUUCCAUGAUAAGUGUUGGGGAGUCCCAGUUUUCAACGACAGUCGUCUCUUUGAGCUGCUCGCUUUAUCCGGAAUGCUCAUCGAUCACAAUUGGACCGAGAUUCUAAAAAGAAGAGAGCAAUACAGGGAAGUUUUUGCAAAUUUUGAUCAUCACGUUGUAGCCAAGAUGGAUGAAAAGGACAUAAUGGAGAUAAGUUCCAACAAGGAGCUCAUUUUAGCUGAGAGCAGAGUGAGGUGCGUAGUUGACAACGCCAAGUGCAUACAAAAGGUUGCAAAGGAAUUUGGAUCCUUUAGCGGGUACAUAUGGGCCCACGUAAACCACAGGCCGAUGAUCAACAAGCACAAGCACCCAAGAAGCAUCCCUCUGAGGACCCCCAAGUCCGAAGCCAUCAGCAAAGAUCUCGUCAGGAGAGGAUUCCGACUAGUCGGACCGGUCAUCGUCUACUCUUUUAUGCAAGCAGCCGGUAUGGCCAUCGACCAUCUUGCCGACUGUUUCCGGUUUCACGAGUGCGUCAGGCUCGCUCAGAGGUCAUGGGGCAUGACUAAUGUAGCCAUGUAGUUAAUUUCCUGCAUUAAUUUUUUUGCGUAUGGGUUGCCGUUAAAUUAUGUAAUGAGUAAUGAAGAAGAAAUUUGUUCAUUUAA